ACCUCACCCCUUUGCUUUUUUCUGGUUUUCUGAUUUUUGAUCCUUCUUUCGCAAAAAAAGGGCGUUUUCUGGGCAUUGGGGAUACGAACGAUACCAUGGGAAGCCUCUAUUUUUCUCGUUUUUCUUGCUUUUUGCUUGCCUUUACUUCACUUCUUCUUUCAGCACAGGCGCUUCGUCAGGGAAGUCGAGCUUUUUUUCUUACUCUUUGUACUUUUACCACUUUCUCAGAUACCAGGAGUUUUCGGAAGCAAGGGGAGGGAAGCAUCAUUCACCACAGAAUCGGCAGUGGAGCAAGGAGGACCAUAGGGGAACUGUUGCACGUCUGUCUCACCUCAUACAUCAACCAUUAAUCACAAAAUGCAAAAUGCAACAAUUGUCAAGAUUAUCGUAAACA